AUGCCAGUGCAUCGAGGAACUCGAAGGGCCGGCCGUGGCCGCCCGGCAAGUGGUCGUCCCCAAUGUGGUCAGGGUCGGGAGGCUUGUGAUAGUUGCCGCCAGGGCCUCCAGUCUCGUUCUGACCCUGGGGAGUUUCUUCGCUCACACGGCUACCUCAUUUGUCACAUGAAUGUACCACCGUCCGAAGAGCAACGAUACAGUUUUAUCGAGGAUCACCUCAAGGCAAUGGUGGCUAAGAGUGUGGACGACCAAGGGUUUUACCAGGCAUGCUAUGGUCUGCUUAAGACAGCUGAGAUACCAGCCGCCAGCUUGCCGGAAGAGGUUCGCAACACUCUCAUGGAAAACCAUAAGCAGCUCCAUGAUAUAGCCUGGCCAAAGCUCUUGUAUAUACUGGAAACCGAGCAGACCUGCCGAUAUUUUGAUCCGAGGGACGUUCUGAGCAUGGUCACCUACAAUUACCCGAGGCAGCUAGCGAGGCAGGUCCAAGUCAUGAUGGGAGAUCGCUCUGAAACCUUCCGAGUCAUUCAGUAUGCAUUCAUGCGCUGUGGGAGGUGGUUUCUCGGAUACUCUCCAGGAACCUUUAUUUUCCGAUACUCGGACUCUUUGCCCUUCACUGAAGGUCUGAACAUCAUGCCGAGCGUAAUGAACUUCUCAUAUGAAGGCCAAGUACCUCGAAGCUCCUGGGAGCAUCAGCUACGCCUCUCGGCCCUCUGGAAGCCAGCCUCGGAAUUGUUUAUCGGCUUGAUGCAUCACUAUCUCGGAAGGUCUCACAAAGCCGAACUCCCGAGACACGAAGCCCUACGCUCGAGAGCGGUGAUAUGUUCCGAUGCUUUCAAAGCCAUCCUAGAAGAUUGGACAUGGCUUUCCCAAAGGCGUAUGUUUCCGUACCAAAACACCAAAGACUGGAUUUGCAAACGUGCAACGAUCCAAGAGCUUGCGUGGCUUAUACGUCGACUCAAAGAUGUGCCUGAAGUCGACGAAGGUGUUCAGUCGCCUUAUCUAGAGAAUCUUCUCACAACUUCCACCGGUAUGUCACUGCAAGAUCUUGCAGGCCUUUGGAACGAGCAGCUACAAUUAAUGGCGUGGGAGCAAUUCCAUACCGGGAAUCGUCGAGAACUCUUUAUCUACGAAAAUCAGGGGCCGUCAUCGCAAUGGUUCCAAGGACUCGAGGCACCAACGUCUUAUGACAUGCCUUUGAAGUCUGAGUUGAAGUUGGACGCGGUCAAAUAUUUACCCGAACCGAAUCAAGCUAACAAUUUCCUCGUGCAGGACAUCUAG